CUUCAGUCGAAUGAGCGGUAAAUGCCAGAGACUGUGCGGUGUUUUUAUUCUGACACAUAAUCUACUGUCUCAACGAUUGAGCUAGAUACGAGAAUUCAAGGAAAAUCGUGAAAAUAAUCUUCGCUGCGAGGAUCUUUACGCGCAAUCAACAAAACGAUUCCAAACAAUGUCCAAAAGGGGAUGAGCUGUAUGCUAUUACAGUACUGGAUACAGCAAAAUUGACAAGUCCAAAAAUUGACUUCAGCCCGCAAAUCCCCCGGACGAAAAGAUGGCGCAAGGCACCCGCUCAUCUCGCCCCCUGGAUCACCAGGACAAGCUAUCAAUCCAGAAGCAAUGGAACCUCGGAAUAACAGCCGAAGUGGAUCUCCCCGAGGACUUCGACCCCUCGACUGCAUCUCCCCUCGACGAUCGGUUCAACACAUCAGCGACUAAACCCGACAUCGUCGAGAUGCUGCGACAGUUCGAUUUGAAGUACUUCCACGGAAAGAUCAAGGGCUACAGAAUAGAGUGGAAUGCGAGCCUGAUAACAGCCUACGGUCGCACCAAUUUCUCCCAGAAUAAAAUAUCAAUCUCCAAAUUUCGGCAUCUGGGGCAGAAGCGAUCGGUUUUGGUCAAGACCAUUCUCCAUCAAGCUAUUCACGCUUAUCUGGACAAGUUGGGCUUCAACAGGAGGGAGAAUGCCGCCCACGGCAAGGAUUUCAAGGCUGAGAAGAGUAGGAUUUCGAGAAAAGUUGGGGAGGACAUUGCAUCGAGGGACGAUGUUAAUUUUGCAGGGGCUGAGACCUACAUACGUGCGCACCAAUGCAAAAAAUGCAAGAAGAUUCUCUACAGGAGGACGGGCCAGGAUCCGAAUGUAGUCAAGCCCUACACCAAGGUCUAUCACGAUUGUCCUGGGGUCUUUCGCCCCAUCAAGCUGAGGGAGACCUACAAGGAGCCAUAGAGAUUCGUCUCUAAUCACCUACCCAUUCAGUCAUGUUCGUAAUAUCGAAUAACAAAAUGGUUAAAUUGUUGUUCUUCACACAAUUGCAUGGCCAAACUUUUAUACAAGUUUGACGGUUUUUAAAACAUCAUUAUUCUUCAUGGUUUAUCAUUACCAUAGCUGUUCUACAUAUUUUACCGGUACUUCGCCGCAGUUAUCUCGGCUAUUGUUCGUGAGGAGCUCACGAGAAUGUACAGACAAAUCAUGUUGUAAUCAUUCAUGUCUUUUAUUUCGAAAUUAUAUCUAAUAAAAAAUUUA